GUACGCACGAGUCGCACGUCGGUGUAAUAUAUGCGCGAUUGUGUAAUUUUGCGUCACAAAAAGCAAGCUAUAUAUUUGGAUUUAUUCGUAAUGUCGGAAUGUAUCGAAUCGAGCUGCAGUCAUUCUAGCAGAGAUGCGUCGUGCGAUAUUAAACCGAGGCACGUGAGGCGCUUGAAAUUCGGAAAAUCGAUCCUCAAGCUUGACGCCGCGGAGCAGGUUAGUUCCAAUUCAAAUCGCAUCCUCGUGAUUGAUCAGAAUGUGGCUCACAUACCGUGCACGGAGAAGAGGGAUUACGUGCGCAUGUGGCUCGAGACUCAAGGGAACGACGUGAUAUCGAGCGACGAUCUGUCCCAAUCAUCCCCCGUUCUUGGGACAUCGGCCACUAAGACCUCCAAGAAAUCGCCGGUACUCGCUGGUAGCAGGAAACGACCUAGAAAAAAGAUCGGUAUAAAUAGACCCGCUACAGUGAAAAAGGUGGACAAUUCCCAGGAGAACGCAGGGCACUCUGUAGACUGUAGACUGCAAUCUAAACUAGAUUAUAAAAAUGAAGAGAGAAACGAAAAUCAACAGGAAGGUUUAAGCGAGACCCAUUGCACACCACCUUGCGUAGAGAAGGUUGCUGAUGAGAUAUCUCCUGUUCUUAAUAUACAUUAUAAGGAAAAGCGAAGAAAAUUACAGCAUGAACCAGAGGAUGGCAAUUUUCCAAAAUGUUUAAAGUUUCACAAUAAUAAAGUCACAAGUACAAAUAUAAAUCCAGUAAUAGAACUUGAUAAUAAUCAUAGUAUUCUGAGAGAGAUAUCUUUGGAUUAUGAUAAGUUGGAAGAGAAUGUUAAGACAGUUUCCUUCUUAAGUGAAGCAAAAAAAAGUUCAGUAGAAUGUAGACAGGUAUUUCUAUCACUGACACACGAUAGAUUGAGCUUUGAAGACAGUUCAAGUAAUAAUACUGAUAAGAAAAUUCCAAAUAUAGAAAUAGAUACAAGUGAUGAUAGCAAAGAUGACGAAUGUAAUGAACUUUCCAACACACAAAGCAGUAGCAACAAUAAUCUGAGCAAUUUCAUAGAGGAGGCUGAUACACAAGAAACUGCAAAGACAUCUCAGCUUUCGAUACCAAAUGAAUCCUGGAUUCCUUCGAGACAAUCAUUUACAUUCUUACAAUUAACUGCCAAUGACUUGGACAAAACUAAUUGUUCAGAAGCUGAAACGAUACAUAAUGAAAAUACACCACUGUCUGCAAAGAUCUCUCAGAUACCAUCUUUUAAAACGACCCAAAAGACAGAUAAUAAGUCAAUUCAAACCGAUGCUAUUAUUAGCACAAUAACUACUCCAUCGAAGAAGUCUCCAGACAAAAGUAUAUAUGCGCAUCUUCUAGAUUCUGGAAAAAAACGUCGCAGAUUUAAAAAAGGAAGCAUGGUUGCAAAGCUGCAGUCUUUGAUUAAUACGCAAGUAUCCAGCAUUCGUAUAUGGCGUCAUCGAAUGAACAAGGAGCACAAUGCUGCAUCAGCACAGUUCAUCAGCGUAUUUGUACGCAACUGUACAAAACAAUUUGGCAAUCAAUUUCUGGAAGGCACUUUGAUCGAGGAUUCUUUUAAUCUCUUGCAAUGUGACAUAGAAAUUGAAGAAGCGGAAUCGCAUAAUGUUCAAGCACAACCAAAGAAACUUUUGCAUAGGAGUAUAACAAUUAUGCUAGUCUGUGAUAUUGUCGGUACAUUAAAAAUGAUGUCGGAAGUAGUGAUAAAUGUCUAUCCACCUUGGAACAUUUUAGAUAAGCUCAAUCUUACCUUGGAAGCAACAUACAUAAGUAUAAACGAAAAUUGCGAAGUACCUGAUAUUAGAAAUAAGGACAACUCGCAUAAACGUAAGAAACGAAUUGUCAAAGAGUUUAACUGCCCCUGCAUAGAAGAAGGAAGAGAAUUACCAUUCUGUGCGAGAAAACCUAGCAGCGAUAAACCUGAUGUGAUGCAACAAAUAUUUGAUUUCAACACUGUUAUUGUUGAUGUGUCAAAUGACUUGACAUUUAAAUACAUCGAGUUACUAAUACGUAGUUUAAAUUUAAUCUACAAAUCGAGUGUUGACGAGACAUUUGUUUUAGAAAAUUCUAGAAUAAUGUCGAUAGCUCAGGAUCGCCCUGAAUUAUAUGAAGAAGUUAAGCUCUACAAAAAUGCUCGGGAGAGAGAGAAGCACGACAAUCAAGCGGAUUUGUAUGCUGUGGUAAAUACAUUGCAACAUUUGGAAAAGGCUUACAUCAGAGAUUGCGUGACGCCAAAGGAAUACACAGCGGCAUGCAGCAAAUUGUUAGUGCAAUACAGAGCAGCAUUUAAACAGGUACAGAGCGAUCAAUUUCCAACAAUUGAUUCUUUUACCAGAGCAUUCCGAUUAGAUUGUCCAGCUGCACUCGAGAGAAUCAAAGAGGACAGACCAAUCACGAUAAAAGAUGACAAAGGCAAUACCUCCAAAUGCAUCGCAGACAUUGUUUCAUUGUUUAUCACGCUUAUGGAUAAGCUACGAUUGGAAAUCAAAGCCAUGGAUCAAUUACAUCCAGAUUUAAGAGAUCUCAUGGACACCAUGAACCGUCUUAGUAUACUACCAAGCGAUUUUGACGGUAAAGAAAAAGUUGCAGAAUGGUUACAGACUCUUGACAAUAUGUCCGCCUCGGAUGAAUUAUCCGAUACUCAAGUCAGACAAUUGAUAUUUGAUCUUGAGACAUCCUAUAAUGCUUUCAAUAAGAUACUUCAUAAUUCGUAAUUCUUUGAACAUCUUUUGGCAAAUUAAUGUAAUACCAUCUAUAAUACAAAUCUUGAUAUGCAUAUUAAUUAUACUUUAACAUAUUGGAAUAUAUUAAAGCUAUUAUAUUAUUUGUUUAUACUGUUCAAUAUUAUUCAUUAAUUUAAUCACGAUAUAUUGAUCAACGCAUUGAGAUUUUUAUUAUAGAUAGCAUUACUUUAUUCAAAAGUAUAAUGUGUCUGUAGUAUUUAUAAUGAAAUUAUUUUCUUGAUAAGCGAUGGCUUGCUGUCUCGCAUCACUCAUUUUGCAUCGUUCCUUGAACUAUAUGCGGCUCGCAACAUUUAAAAAAUCCUUGCAUAGAUUUUGUCGCUAAGUGGAAUUAGAUAUAUGUAUAUAUACAAAUAUAAUAGCUGCACAGAGAAUGAACUAUUUUAUAUGUGAUUCUUUGUAAACAGUGAAUUGUUAAGCAAUGCUUGCGUUAUGUAUAUUAUCGAUUAAGUUAAUAAAAAUGCAUAGAGUUUUAAUAGACGAUAAAAAUAUA